AUUCGUUCAGUGCUGCUGCUGCCGUUGCUGGUUGAACGCGGAAUAAUAAUAAUGGCGGAACCGUGUUUUGUUAUUACGUGUGGACGAUAAUGGUUAUUUGUAUCCUGGCACGCGUGUGGGAGACUACGUUUCUGUUUGGAAAACAUCAAAAAAUAAGGACAAGCUGUUCCGAUGCGUCUUCGUCACGUCGCUAAUGUGAGGUGAUCCUGCUCGUUCUAUCUUGAAGAGACACGGAAUAUUUCGCAGCGUGUCACUACUCAGUGGAGUAAAUAGCAAUAUAGAUAUAGAUUUAUAUAUACAUAUAUAUAUAUUAUACACAUACACAUAUAAUAUAUAUAUAUAUCUACCGUACCGCGAAUUCUUCGAUGUUACGAAACUAACUUGCGAACCAGCUUUCCCACCGCAAAUGGGAAAGAUGAACGAGAGAUUUGUCAGACGGCGCAGACGGGUCGGGAGUUAUUUUUGAUUAACGCUCUCCCGUUGUCUCGCGCGUGUCGUGAUGUGAAAGUGGAUCGACGUAUGUACGUGUGCUCGCCCACCACGCGUACGUGCGUGCGUUUAACUCUUGUGCCUGAUAAAUAGAGAGUUCCCCGAAUUUUUUUUCCCCCCUAAUCAUUCAUCAUGGUGCACGGCGCGAUCCCGAGCGCGUACAAAUACAACUUUUGGGCGGAGAGGCCCGGGGAUGCACAGGAGCCCGCGGUGGUGGAACUCACGUGCCUCAUGCCAAACGGUGUUGUCAUACCGUUUGAGAUCAAUCGCAAUAUUACCUUGGAUCAGAUCAAGGAGGAUCUGUGGGACGAGGCUAGCAAGUACCCUCUACAUGGAACGUUGAAAGAUGCACCAUCGUAUGUAUUUUCGUGCAUCAACUCAAAUGCAGAGGUAGAAGAAUUGCGCGAUGAAACGAGACGUCUCUGUGAUAUAAAGCCGUUUUGUUCGGUGUUAAAAGUUAUAGAACGCGAAGGUAUAAAAAGCGAUAGGAAUUUAGAUUCGCAAAUCGGUCUCUUAAUCGGCAAAGGUCUGCACGAGUUCGCCGCCCUAAAAAAUUCCGAGGUAAAUGACUUCAGAUGGAAAAUGCGUCUUUUGGGGGACGAUGUGGCUUUAAGUAGACAAAAGAGAAGUUGGACGGAAAAGGUGCAUUAUCAGUUUCCAUCGAAGAUAGCGCCAGUGCCGACUAUACCUAAGAAUAUCGAGAGUCGUUUGAAGGACGGAAAUAUCGUUUUGGUCACUAAAUUCGAAAACUCAGAAACAGCGUUUACCUUUCAAGUACCACAUAGCAUUACGCCGCCUGAAUUACUCGAGAUAAUCUUGAACAAAAGAGCGAACACUCUUAAUACUCGGGGUGAACAACCGAACGACUUUACGCUUAAGAUUUGCGGACAGGAGGAAUAUUUGAUCGGCGACAAAACGCCGCUCAUACAAUUUAGCUAUAUUCAAGAUUGCCUAGCGAAAGACAUCACACCUACGUUGGUUACGCUCAGCAAACAGAGCGUACCUGUGGACCAAGAUAACGCCUUUGACAAUCCGGAAGUGGACACCUUGCAGCGUACAAAACCGUCGUCUUCCACAUUAACAUUGCGCAAGAAGGGCAAGCACAUUUCGGCGUGGAAACUCGAAGAACCUUUCGUUUUUACCGUCAAUGGAAUUUCUCGACUUAAUUGCGACGCCGCUCAUCGUACUGUAGAGAUUGGACUACAAGCUGGCCUUUUUCACGGUGGAAAAUCUCUCUGUGAAAGUCAGAAAACCAAAGAAAUUAUUGUAAAUCCCGAUGGUAGUUGCGAAUGGGAAGAGACUCUCAAAUUCGACAUCAAAGUCAGAGAUAUACCGCGAAUGGCACGGCUAUGUUUUGUAUUGUAUGAAAUCAGCAAGACUGCAAAGGGAUUAAAGAGUAGAAAACUGGUCAGGGAUUCGAAGCAGGAGUUCUUUAUAAAUCCUUUAUGUUGGGCGAAUACAACUAUAUAUGAUUUUAAAUCCCAGUUGAAAACCGGGGCUAUGACAUUGUAUACGUGGACUUAUGCGGAAGAUAUACAAAAUGACGAUUUACUUCAUCCUCUCGGGACAGUGGUCUCGAAUCCUCAUAUAGACAGAGCAGCCGCUCUUAUGUUAACGUUUCCAAAUUAUGGAAAAGAUCAAUGUGUUCUUUAUCCUACACCGGAGAAAAUGGUCGAAUAUGCCCAAACGUUGCGGGAACAAUCAACAAACGAACGCACGACUAAAGACGAACUAAAUCAGGAAUCCGAUGUUAGUCAACAAUUGGAUCAAUUGAGAUUAUUAACUGACCGGGAUCCGUUGCACGAAUUACACGAGCAAGAAAAGAAGACAAUGUGGACGUUGAGGCAUCAUUGUCUUCGUGAAAUUCCGACGCUUUUAGCUAAACUAUUACAAUGCGUAGAAUGGAACGAUCAUAGAGAAGUCGCGGAGGCUACGGCACUUAUACAACAAUGGCCAAAAUUGCCAACGGAAAAGGCUUUGGAAUUAUUAGAUUAUGCUUAUGCCGAUCAAAAUGUUCGAAAUUUUGCGGUUCGUUGUUUAAAGGACGUCACCGACGAUGAUCUCAGUCUUUACCUGCUGCAACUCGCUCAGGCCUUGAAACAUGAAAAUUAUCUGGCGUGUCCUUUGACGGAGUUUCUCUUGAAACGGGCACUUAACAAUCAAAGGAUAGGACACUUCUUAUUUUGGCAUUUAAGGUCAGAAAUGCAAGUCGGCUCCGUGUCAGUUCGUUUCGGUCUCAUAUUGGAAGCGUACUGCAGAGGAAGUCAACAGCAUAUGCGAUCGCUAUUCAGGCAGGUCACAUGUUUGGAUAAAUUGAGGAGUGUCUCGGAACAAGUGAAGCUGAAAAAGGAUCGUAAAGCUGCUCUCCAAGGGUUUCAAGAUUUUAUCCAGGAACCGCACUGUCAAGAGGCGAUAUCCAACGUCCUCAAUCCUCUCGACCCGAGUUUCAGGUGGAAUCGCAUCAAACUCGAAAAGUGUCGAGUAAUGGACAGCAAGAUGCGACCGCUGUGGCUAGUUUUCGAAAAUAGCGAUCCUUUCGGCGAAGAUAUCUACUUAAUCCUCAAACACGGAGAUGACUUGAGGCAAGAUAUGCUGACACUCCAAAUGCUACGUAUUAUGGAUAAACUCUGGAAGAAGGAGGGCUUAGACUUGCGCAUGAAUCCAUACGGUUGUAUAUCUACGGAGAAUAGAGUCGGGAUGAUAGAGGUAGUAUUGAAUGCAGAAACGAUCGCGAACAUCCAGAAGGAGAAGGGCACGUUCUCUGCGACAGCGGCCUUCAGGAGAGGUUCUUUACUAGCUUGGCUAAAAGACCAUAAUCAUACGGAAACGGCAUUAAACAAAGCGAUCGAGGAAUUUACCUUGAGUUGUGCGGGUUACUGCGUCGCGACCUACGUUCUCGGAAUAGCCGACAGACAUUCUGACAAUAUAAUGGUUAAGAAGACUGGACAAUUGUUUCACGUCGAUUUCGGUCAUAUCUUGGGCCACUUUAAGGAGAAGUUUGGAUUCAGACGCGAACGUGUACCCUUUGUUCUUACCAACGACUUUGUACACGUUAUAAAUAAGGGCCAAACGAAGAAGGGUCACGCCGCCGAGUUUCAAAGAUUUCAGAGCUACUGUGAGCAAGCCUUUUUGGUUUUGCGUCAACACGGGGGACUUAUAUUGUCCCUAUUCGCUAUGAUGAUAUCUACCGGACUGCCUGAACUCUCAUCGGAGAAAGAUCUGAAUUAUCUUAGAGACACCUUGGUCCUAGAAAUGUCCGAAAAUGAAGCGCAAAAGCAUUUUAGAGGCAAAUUCGACGAGGCCCUCUGCAAUUCGUGGAAAACGUCAUUGAAUUGGGCAUCGCAUAAUAUGUCCAAGAAUAAUAAGACUACGUGAACGGCGACGACAAUCGUAUUUUGCGCCAAUGAGUCUUGAAAGCACUUGAAAAUGCAAGUCACAAACACAUCAUCGAACAGCGUGUGCGUUAUCAAUGUUAAGGUGAACGCUCUGACAUAUUUGAGCAUGUCGCGAUCGACUGCUUGUUUGGGACACCUGUGGACUAGAGUAAAGACUAUCUUCGUUUCCGUAACUCCGACACUGUCGUUAAGAUUAGACAAUUUUUGGCGACCGCGACCAGUAUACACUUAAGACUGUAUAAAAUCAUUGCUGCUGCUGCUGCUGGCGUCAGCGGAUGUCAUAUUUAUCCGAGAGAGAGAGUUGAUUUAGUAAAAUUAUCUCUCGAGACUCGAAGAUACGUUAGGCUCGUACUUUUUUUCGGAGUCUUAUUACCCUACGCAGCACGAGCAGUCGGUGCCUACGUUCGGUAUAGUAAUACAUUCUUCAACGACGGACGUACGGUACAUAUCACUGAACAGGAUUUUUAAGUUUCGCUCAGCUAAGGUUUAGAUUAAGUUUGAAAUUCCGUCGAGUGAUCUUAAAUCGUGUAAAAUAAGAAACUGGUUUUCUUUCGUAAAACUAAGAGGGAGGGGGGGUUUAUUCUCAAAAUAUUUAUUCGCGAUACGCCAAGUAUGUCUGUGAGAUUGACAUACGUGAAUUUAUUUCGCUUGCAACACGAAAUAAACCGUUAAAGUCUUACAUUCUCUCCGUCAACGUCAAGAUCUUUUCACUAGAUUUUUGACUAUACAAAAACUAUAUAGCGAACUGAAGAUCUUUAUUAUUUGUCAAACGUGAUACGGAAGAAUGCAACAACGCAUCGCAAUGUUUUUUGUAAUUCAAAAAGAAACUUGGCGAUCGUUUCGAUAAUGGACGAUGCGGUCUUUCUCGCAUCAUCCAUUGGCAAUGACAGUGUGAUAACCCAAAGCAAUAUCUAUUUUGCAAAACUGUGACACGACGAAGCAGCACCGAUGAAGAAAAAAAGAAAGAUCGUGAUCUACCACGAGCGAUCCUUAUUCUGGGAUAAUCCAGUAUUUCCUUUGAGUAUCUCGAUUGCGCGAAAUUAACUGCUGAUUUGCGUAGGUGCGUCACUGCCGACUGAAAAUAUUCUUUUGUCACGUCUUACAUUUAUUUCUUAUUCCGAGAGCAAAAAGAAAUGAUAGUUUCAUGCCGAUGACAAGUGAAAUCUUUCCUAAUUAUAUCACGCGUGCGAUAUCGUGUUUGAGAUGCAUACAUAUAUAGAUAUAUGAAAAUAACGCGAAAUCACACACACUACAAGAGAUACAUAUAUAAAUAUAUAUAUUUUGAUAAAUAUACUGCAAUCCACAUAUUAUAGCGAUAUAGUUGAAUCAGUAGGGCCACAUUCAUACUUCAGCGCUGUCCUACGUAAUAGACCGCUACGCUUUCUUAAAAAAAUAAAAAAUAAAAAAAACGGCUCUAAAAACGACGACACGACCGUACCGCGUUCUUCUCACACACAAUACAUAUAUACACACACAUACACAUAAUGUAAGAUAAGAUAAUGAUCUCUAAUACACUCUAGGAAAGAGAAAAAAAAAUAAAUAAUGUUGCAGACUGCGUCACACAAUGUCGCAUAUAUCCAUAUCAUCAUCAUAAUCAUCAUCAUCCUCUUAACUAGUGCAUUACAUUGAAAUUGUUUACAGAGAGAGUAACUCCUCAUCUAUAUAUAAACACGCAUAAUAUUAUACAUAUAGGAGCGAUAGAUAAUACAUGUACGUGUGUACAUCUCUCGAAAUCCCUCGACCGAAUUUUUGAUUUUCGAUAUCUUAAUCUUCGCCGAACGGAUUUUGUAAAAAAAAAAAGAAAAAAAUAUAAAAGUCCAACUGGGGACUCUGUAUGUAUAUAGGAGAGAUAGGGUGAUACCGUGCACACGACUGCGAACUGACGGAGAGGGGCGUUCCUCGUAUAUAUCUUCGUAGACACGCAGGUGAUGUGUAUACACGCAUCCGCGAUACCGCGAGGAAGAGAAGCCGGGUUCUCUCUCUUUCGUUCCUUUAAAAGCGUGACACUGUACUGUCUCGUGCGCGAUUUUCGUCGCUCUCGCAAUUUUCUUUUUACUUUUUUUUCUUCUUUCAUCGUAUCGCAACGAUAUUGGAAUAUUGUAAUUUUUUGUACAACGUGCACAUAGAGAGAGAGAGAGAGAGAGAGAGAUCUGUAUUGGUCGAUGUCUGUCUUGUAAAUAAAAACCCGAAUUUUUCGAAA